AUGUUCGCCAUCAGAUUAUGGGAAGCGUCUGAAAGGGACAAAUCGCGCGAUGCGAACGCGCGAGCAGCAGCCGGUGCGUUCUUGGCCGGUUUGAAGACGAAGAACGAUGAGAAGCGAGUGAAAACCGCUAAAGACUUGUUCAAGUUUGUGGCUGGUGAGCUGAAGGAUGAAGCUCCUGAAUAUAUGCAGGAGUUUAUAUCGUUCCUUGACACUAAGAGUGAUCAGAGUGCUGUGCAUGAAUGUAUUUAUAGUCCCGAUUUGGACGAGAAGAAAGCUGGCAUUUUCUUGAUAGGUAUGUUAAGGAAAUGA